GUAGUACUAUGAGUGAAUGAAGAAAUUUAAACUACCAUAUGACAACUGAGGUCAAAAGAGAUAGAAAUAGUAUCUACUAUAGUGACUUUAUACAAGUAUAGAACCACUGUAGUAACUACAAGUCAGAUAUUCACCAAUAUCCAUCGCGAAAAAAGCCUAAUAUAAUGACUAAUGAGGGUGACCACAGACUAUAUACUUAGAAGUCUAUAGGGGUAACUUUUUUCAGCAUCUCUGCGGCUACAUAAAAAUGCGCCUAGGUACUUUGGUUUCUUGGCGCCAAUUUAACUUUUCUAAUAUACGAGUAAUCUAGAAAUUUAACCUAACCAAAAAAACCUCAAAUCUAAUGGAUUUCUGUUGUUUAUAUUUUGUGUAAGAAAUAAGGAAAAUGGAAACUAAUAACGCUAGCGGAUCAUCAAAAACUGUAGAAAUUAAUUCAUUGGAAUCUUUAAAUAGUUUUUUAAAGCAAGAAGACAACUCACAAAAUGUGUUUUAUAUAUCAAAUAUUCCUGAUGUAUGUAAAGAAUUUCCAUGUAUAUUAGGAAUAGACGAAGCUGGCAGGGGUCCUGUUUUAGGUCCAAUGGUAUAUGGUACAGCAUUUUGUCCGAUAAAUGAACAAAUGAUUUUAGAAACUUUAGAAUGUGCUGAUUCAAAAGUAUUAACUGAAAAAAAGAGAGAUGUUAUUUUCUCGAAUAUAUGCCAAUCUUCUAAGAAAAUAGGUUGGGCAGUAGAAGUUAUAGCUCCAAAUUAUAUAUGUAAUAGUAUGUUAAGUAGAUCAAAAUAUUCUUUAAAUCAAGUGUCAAUGGAUUCUGCAGUUGGUCUAAUAAAAGCAGCAAUAAACUGUGGUGUUAAAAUUGAACACAUAUUUGUAGACACUGUAGGUAAACCAGAGAAAUAUCAAGAAUAUUUAAAAGGCAUUUUUCCCAAGUAUAACAUAACAGUAGCAAAAAAGGCUGAUUCGACUUAUCCAAUAGUAUCUGCGGCUAGUAUUUGUGCUAAAGUUACCAGGGAUCAUGCUUUACAAGUGUGGAAUUUUCAAGAAGGAUUAGAUGUUACUUGUAAAGAAUUUGGCAGUGGAUAUCCAGGAGACCAAGUGACUAAAAAAUUUUUGGUGGAUUACUGCGAUCCAGUUUUUGGCUUCCCACAACUAGUGAGGUUUAGCUGGUCUACGGCAGUUAAUGCGCUUGAAGAGACAGCUUAUCAUGUAGAAUGGGAAGACGUUGAGGAAAAGUCUUCACCUGCUAGCACUUCAAUAUCUUCAUUCUUCAAGAUGACUUCUAGUAAACCUGUUAUGAAAAAACAGCAUGAAUUUUUUACUCAACGAUUUCUUAGUAGAAAAGUGGAAUUUUAAUUAUUAGUUAGAGUUAAGUUUUAUCAUGUGAACUAUAAAUAUUUUUCCCAAUAAAAAUGUUUUAAUUUUUCUGUCA